GGGUGGGGGAGGUCGGGGAGGGGGCGAUAAGAUGGCGCAGGGGGCGGAGUGAGGCGCAGUCGUUCGCCUAGGCUUUGGCCCGGCUUCCGGAGAUGAAAUGAUGUGAUGCCUGGGAUUUGCUUCAAAAUAAUCUGGAAGGUGGGAGUCAAUCAUUUUGACAAGUCUCCCAAAAGGAACAGCUAGCAGGAGCUGAACCCUUUUUCCAUUUGGUCUCGUGGCAAAGGCAGGGAUCACACCAACAGCUCCACACAAUAUGAUGUGCUCACUAGUGCCCUCUGAACAGUCUUCUGGUACCUCUCUCUUGCCUAAAGACAAUGCUCCUUUUUCUUGGAGUUCCUUGGAUGAGGAUGAAUUGGAUGACUCCUUGCUGGAGCUAUCUGAUGGAGAAGAUGAUGGCUAUUUCAGUUUCACAGAGGAACAGAUUCAGGAACUCUUGAAGGAUGAUGACCUAUCAAAUGAGCACUUUCCUUGGGGAGGAGGGUUGCCUAGUGAUGACAGCAGGAAUGUUGAGAAGGGAGAGAAAGGGAGUCAAAUUCCACUUGACAUUCCCCAAGAGAAAGAUUCACCGUACAACAUGGGACCAGAAGCUGAGACCCCUGACACAUUCAAACUACCUCAACUAACUAUAUCAGUUGGUCAUGGACCAACUCCUACGAAACCGUUGAACAGACGCUUUGCACUAGAAAAGAAUCUUAUAAAAGUUACAGUUGCACCAUUUGAUCCAACAGUUUGUGAUGUACUUGAUAAGGACAAGACUUAUGUGUCCAAAGUUACAUCCAGAAUUACUGAAAAACCCUCCUCCCUUGGGGAAGAAAUGAGAGAAGAUGAUCUUAGCCCAAAUGAGAGCACACUUUGCACAGAAUCUGAAGGGAUCAGCCCCAAUAACUCUGCCUAUGAUGGGCCCCCACUCCCUUCUUCAAACAAUAAUUUUCAACAUACUGUUUCUGAUAAAAAUAUGUCCGACAGUAAGAAACCUACGCCUGUAUUCUCUCAGAUCUUGGACCAUUCAGAGACUCCUAAUACAGGGUCAUCCCAGAGAAAUGGAUCAUAUAAAUCAAGUUUUGAAAUGAAGUUACCAGUAUCCAGUUCAUCAAGCAAGGAUGUUCUUGACAAGGAUUCUGGGAAGCUAAAGGUCCAUGAAAAAAGACUAGGCGAAGUCAUUCCUGUUCUGCAAGCCAAAACGAGGACUAAUGUUCCAACAUUUUCACCGUCAGACCUAGAAAAGCAGAAGCAAAGUUAUCUCAGGAAUGUCAUUGCUCAUAUCGAAGACCCAGUGGAUUCAAACCAAGGUACCUUGGGGGAGCUGUGUGCCUUGAUGGAUCAAGUUCAUCACAUGCACAACCAGAAAUGGCAGCAUCCUUCAGACCUCACCAGGCGAAACUACGCCCGGUUCCGACAGAAAUCUCUGCAAAGAUACAGUCUGACCCAGUGGGUUGACCGGAAUAAGCGAAGCCACCAUCGGUUCCAGCGUCUACCAGAUUUCCCAUACGGUCCAUUUGUCUCCUCCCAUCAGCAGUGAAGGGCCCUAUCCAGGGUCCUGUCCAGAGCAGCAUCUCUUCUUCUGCUGUUCCAUGCUUUGUAGAUUUAGAAUUUUAUUUUUCACAAUAUUUUUAUUUAAAGAAUAUGUCACCUUUUGGAAAUGCAUAUUGCUGACUUGAAAUUUUUUGUAUAAGGUCCUUCAUUUUUGUGUGUGUAUGCAUUUAAGCAGUGUUGAGUUGACAUAGUUUUAAUUUUUUAAUUUAAAUUAAAGAUGGCUGCCUCCUGAAAGCCAGCAUUAAGUCAGAACAUCCCAGCUCAAGCAAAGAGCCACCUCUCUGCAGAGGUGAAGUCUACUUCUGGUGCCCAAAAGAAAUCAUUCUUUAAUCUCUUGAAGGAAGAGAUUCUAUAUCAGGCUGCAAACCAGUUUUAAUUAUUGUUGAUGACUUAUAAACGGAUACAAGUCACUUUUAACAACCCUUCUUACUUUUUUUAUUUGAAUCUCUGAAUACUUGUCAGUAUUUUAAAGUUGGUAAUCCAGGACAUCUGAAGCAGUUGAAAGGACAAAUUAAAAGUGUAAAUCUUC